UAUUAUGUCACUGAGCUUUGAGCUACAUCAGUCCAGUAAACUGCUGCAUAAUGUGGGUGUUGUGGAUUUCCUGUCUGCUCAUUGGAAGCAUCAGCUGCUUUCCUCAACAAGGAGGCAGUGGUUUUCCUUCUCCCAUGUGGCUUCCACGCUCAUAUUCUGGACAAGCUCCAUCAAAGCCAGUCUAUGAGGGAACCUCUGAGCAAGCUGGUGGUCUGGACAGUUACAGCAGUUUUCCCUGGUCUUAUGGCAGCAACGCUGCUGGAGGUCCUUCAGACAGUGGCAGCUCUGAGGCCACAUGGUAUACUGCAAUGUCCUCUGGACAGGAACCAUCCAAGCCAUCCCAUCAGAAACCUACAGGACAAUCCAGCACUUAUGGCAGCUACAGUGGCCCCUACACUGCUGGGGGAGCCCACAGUUUCUCUGGCUCUCAGCAGUACGGUGCACAGAGCAGUCAGUCUGGAGGGGCUGAGCAGGAGAGCUGGAGCUCUUCAUCUGAUGGCGAGGAUGAGGACGAGCCCGUCUUCACCCCAGUGAGUGAGGAGGAUCAGGUGUACGCUUCAAAGUCUCGUUCUCGCUACAACCAGAAGCGGCUGCUGUUCAGUCAGUUCCGCUACACCCCAACAGAACCACGGCAGCCUCAGGAGCCAGUGUUUCCACACACGGGUAAAACAUCUCAACACGGCAAAGGUCCAGUCAAAGGAGGCUACUGAAGAUCCCUGUGGUGAUGCGACCAGAACUAUGCAUGCGUUUAUGUAGCUGUUGGCAUGCACUACUUUACUUUUCUAAGUUCCACAUCCUAAACUUAAGCUGCUGCUUUUUCCUUAAGGUCAAAUAAAUGGUUUGAAGUCA